UGCAGCGCCUUAGUAGACCGAUAGCAUCUACUUUGGGCAACAAAGAGCGCAUGCUGGUGGAGGACUACAUCAAGGACGUGGUAUGUACUUUCUCCUAUGCAGGAGGGGUACUUAAUCAUAAGAUUUCGUUCCUAGUUAGCGGCGACGUACCAUUUGACAUGUUGUUAGGUAUGUACUACCUUGAGGUUGACAAGCCCCAGUUUGACUGGGACAAGAAAGUGCUAAAGCAUGAGUUGCGUAAUGGGAGAACCGUUAGACUGGCUAAGUACAAAGCUAGUAGGUUAAUUGACUCCUACGGGUGCUUGUGCGCACCAACUUUCUAUAACUAUUAUAAACAGAACCAAGAGGAAGGUAUGUACCUGUUUUUUGUCUCCAAGAAAGGCGAGGCCGUUAAAUCACCCCUAGAGAUAGAAAAUGUUGUUGCUAAGUACCCAGAUCUGUUUGAGGAGCCUACAGGAGUCGUAGACAGGGAGGUUGUCCAUGCCAUAAAGAUUAUCCCCGGGAGCAAGAUACCCAAAGGGAGAAUCUAUAGGAUGGCUCCAGCCGAGUUGGACGAGCUUCGACGGCAGCUGAAAGAGCUCACAGAGAAGGGAUGGAUAAGGCCUAGCAUCUCUCGCUUUGGUGAGGGAUCACUAAGGAUGUGCAUUGAUCAAAGAGGCCUCGAUGCCAUCACCGUUAAGAACGCAGAGCCUCUGCCGCGCAUCGACAACCUAUUGGAUAGGGUGCACGGAUACGCAUGUGAGGCUGCUUUCAAGAGAUUGAAGUAUGCCCUCACGCAUCAUGAGAUUCUUAUGGUCCCCGAUCCUGAAAGGCCGUUUGUUGUGACCACUGACGCAAGCCAUUAUGGCAUUGGCGCAGUGCUGGCUCAACAAGAAGGGAAGAAGUUGAGGCCGAUCGAGUACAUGAGCAAGAAGAUGCCAUCGAAGAAGUUGGCGAAGUCCACCUACGAGAGGGAACUCUACGCCCUAUAUAAGGCACUUGUCCUCUCGAGGCACUAUUUGUGGGGAGUCAUAGAUCAGUAUGACUUCAAGCUAGACUAUGUGAAAGGAGAGUAUAACAAGGUUGUUGAUGCACUGUCACGUAGGGCAGACUACCUAGGUGCGCUGCUUACCGAGUUUGGCUUAUCUGACAAUGUAACUCGAUCCUUGGUGGAAGCCUACAAGGAAGACCCUGUCAUGAUGGACAUCAUGCACAAACUAGAGGCCCAAGACAAGGCCACAUCUGAUGAGUAUGUGACGGUGGAUGGGUUGCUCUUUCUUGAAAAGGUGGGAUUUAAAAGCACAACCGACAUCACUCCCAAUCAGCUGCAUUUCGGAUGGAAGCCUAGAUCUGCUCUAGACUUCCUCCUACCUGAAAACCGAACUGCUGCACCACCUGGGACCAUAGAGUUUGGUGUCCAAUAUGAGAAACUGUCGCUGCAGACUGUCGAACACAUCAAGAAAUCUCAAGAAGCAAUGAUUGCUUCUGAGAACAAGCAUUGCCGACAAUCCACAUUUCAGGUAGGGGAGCGUGUCUUGGUUAGGGCUAGUGAGUUGGGGCAGGAGUUCGGCAUCUCUAGGAAACUAAUGCCUUCGUAUUUCGAUCCCUGGGAGGUCUUAGAUAUUGUGGGUAGUGAUUUGGAUGGCCCCUCGUACGUGAUUAGAAUCCCUGGUCAUCUGCACACUUACCCUGUGUUUCACGCCUCAAAGCUUGCACCUUUCGCUGAGACAGCAGUUUCCCUCAAGGACAUCAAUGCUGCCCCAACCAUGGAUGGCCACGUGGACAUCGACGACAUUUUGGAACGCAAAGACAUGCAUGUCCCCAAGCCAGCAGGCAGGGGAAGACCGCCUAAACCUAUGAGAGAAUGCAGGGUUCGGUUCAGGCAUCAUACGAAUCGUAAGGAAGAUCGUUGGUUCACAAGAGAGGAACUGGUGAAGACAACUCCUUAGAUUGUGGCCGAGUACGAACGCAGACUGAAGGGCAAGACACCUGCAUGAAGCAUCUCAACGGACUUUCGA